AUGUACAGUAAUGUUAUACUCAGAGUAAGUACUCAAUAUGGGUUUACAAAAGAUCUUACACUUUUAUCCUACGUGCCAAAACCAAAUAAAGCAGUGUUAUUAAUCUCAUCGAUGCACAAUCAAAAAGGAUUUGACGAUGACGUCCAAAAACCUGAAAUCAUUUCUUAUUAUAAUAGUACAAAAGGAGGCGUUGAUGCAUUGGACGAAAAAUGUUCUGUUUAUUCUACUGGGCGUCGUACUCGUCGUUGGCCGUUAGCAAUUUUUUACAGACUUCUUGAUAUUUCUUCUGUUAAUUCGUAUGUCUUAUAUAAUUCUUUUAAAAAUAACAAAACAAUGACAAGAGCCGAUUAUUUAAAGAAUUUGGCGUUUGAACGUGUGAGUCCAGAAUUAGAAAGACGCUUUGAAAAUACAUGUAUCUCAUGUGAAAUAAGGAGUGGAAUCGGAAUCCUAAGAAGAAAAGGAAAACUAUUUGGAAAAGUUGGACAAAAAGUCCAAAAUAUUUUAUAUAAUUAA